AUGGCUAAGAUGUAAAAUCAUGUGUAAUAUAUAUAUAUAUAUAUUUCUACUUGCCUAAUUGCUCUCCAUAUCUUUAGCUCCGACUAAUUUAGCACACACAAUUAAACAAGGUUAAUUCCUAUGGCUUCUUCUUCACUGCCUCGAUGGGAACAUGACGUGUACUUGAGCUUCAGAGGCGAGGACACUCGCAGAACCAUCGUCAGCCAUCUCUACAACGCUCUCCAACAGAGAGGAAUCAAGACCUUCAAAGAUGACGAAGGGCUUCAGCAAGGAAAAUCUAUUUCUUUGGAUCUCAUGAAAAAUAUCAAUUUAUCCAGCAUUGCUGUCAUCGUUUACUCCAAGAACUACGCUUCUUCGUCAUGGUGCUUAGAUGAAGUGGUGGAGAUCUUAGAGUGCAGGAGGACCAAGGGACAAAUAGUUUUGCCCGUUUACUACGAUGUGGAAGCAUCAGACGUGCUAAAACAAAAAGGGUGUUUUGGGGAAGCAUUUUACCGGCAUGAAGAAUUACAGGAUACGGAAAGGGUGAAGAGAUGGAGGGCUGUUUUGGCGGAGUCAGCAAAUCUAAGCGGGUUACAAUUAGAUAUGUAUGGGGAUGAGAGUAAGUUUAUCCAACAAAUUGUUCAAGUGAUUUCAAGAGAAUUGGAGCUGCUUUCCUCUCCUUCCCACAUCACCCCUGUUUUCCCUACAAGAUCUACUCCUCAUGGAUCAAGCAUGCUUCACUCAGGCCAAAUCCCCAUCAACCUCAACACUGUCCACAUACCACAAAAUCUGCAUCCUCCAAUGUCACCCGACUUACCUGCAAUUGCUGAUCAUAUGCAACCCAUCUCUCCCUUUGCAGAAAAGCCACUUGUGGUGACCCUGCCCAAUGGGUUGGAAACAGCUGAUCUCAUCAAGGAGAUCGCCUGGCUGAAAGAGAACCUCGAAAAGGCCAGAGAAAGAAUUGUUAGACUUGAGCAAACAAUCUCUGAGCUCAAUGCUCGAGAUGCCACCACCAUGACCAGCACUGAUGAAGAAUCCAACGACGAGGCGUCCUCCGGUGGCCAUAUCCCUUCAUGUAAGACAGCAUUGUAUUCCAAUUCAAGAAUCGAAGCCCAGUCCGCCAAAAGGUGUCCAAUCCCGACCUCCCACAAAAGGAACCUCACUCUUAUGAAAACCACCAAGCACCAAAACAGCCUUACACUAUCUACCACCACUCAUCAACAAGCCAAACAACCACCAAUCCGAAAAAUGAAAUUCGAGUUCCACAAGCCUACUUCAGUAGAUCAAAAUGGCCAGCCUAUCGUUGACCCUCCCAAAGAGGUAUCUGAAGAAGGCAUAGAAUACUGGAAAGCAUACGUGGUAGGCUACUUUCUUGACAAUUAUAAAAUGCCUUGCAGUAGUGUUGUCCAGCCAGCUGCAAUGAGGAUAUGGAAAGACAAGGGGCUCACUGAGGUUUUAGCCGAUGGGAAAGGAUUUUUCUACUUCAAGUUUGACGACCUAACUGCAACUGAAGCCAUUCUCAGCUCGGGGCCAUGGAGCAUUGCUGGGAAGCAAAUCAUGCUAAUGAAAUGGAACCCUGAUUUGUCUAAUUAUGAGGAGGAACGGUGCAGUUUGGUGCCUGUGUGGGUUAAGUUUUAUAACAUACCAAAACAGUUCUGGACAGGGAAGGGUCUAAGCUAUAUAGCUAGUGCCGUAGGGAAGCCCUUACAUGCAGAUCAAGCUACGGAGAGUAGGAAAAAUUUGAUCUUUGCUAGAAUCUGCGUUGAGGUAGAUGUGAGCAGCUCUCCUCUUCUAGACAAAUUCAUGCUCAAGAAUCGGGAUAAUACACAGGUUGAAAUUAGGGUGGAAUAUGAAUGCGUUCCAAAGUACUGCUCUUUGUGCUCUAAGAUUGGACACUCAACCAGCUCCUGUCAAGCUCUCUGUCUCAAGAAAAAGGAAGUCAAAUGAAGACAUCAGCUCACAGAAUCCAAACCUUACUGAUCGAGUUUAACAAAACCAAAAUGGGGAGGUUGAGUUUAGCACAAUUCUAUCGAUUUUCCUAAAAUGGUCAAUGCUGCUUCUCUCUUUUUUAAUAUUUGGGCUUCUGUCUUCAAUUUUGGAGGCAUGAUGCCCUUAUAUAGUUUUUUAUGGUCAGAUUAGUUUAUUUACAAUAAUUUGAACACAAUUGUCAUGUGUAAUUUAUAAUUCACUUAGUUGCAUCAAGUUAUCCCUCAUACAAACCAUUGAUAAAUCAUUUAUAAUUUGAACAUAUGGUUUUUUUU